AGAUGCAAGUGACUUCUUGAGCAUGUGCCAUUACCUUCAUUCCAGAAUGUCACAGUUCCUCUAUUUAAUUUUUUUGAUGUUUUGGCUUCAUACUACAAUUUAUUGUGCACCACCUGACAGCUCUGAAGGCAAAGGAACUAACUGUCACUUGCUCCAACAAAAUGCCACUCUUUAUAAAAUGUCAUCCAUCAAUGCUGACUUUGCAUUCAAUCUGUACCGGAGGUUCACUGUGGAGACUCCAGAUCAGAACAUCUUCUUUUCCCCUGUGAGCAUUUCUGCAGCUUUGGCCAUGCUUUCCUUUGGAGCUGGCUCAAGCACCCAAACUCAGGUCCUGGAGGUUUUGGGGUUUAACAUCACAGACACUCCAAUGGCAGAGAUACAGCAGGGCUUCCAGCACCUGAUCUGUUCAUUGAAUUUUCCAAAGAAGGAACUGGAAUUGAAUAUGGGAAAUGCCCUCUUCAUUAGGCAGCAGUUGAAACCAUUGGCAAAAUUCUUGGAUGAUGUCAAGACCCUCUAUGAGACUGAAAUCUUCUCUACUGACUUCUCCAAUAUUUCUGCAGCCCAGCAGGAGAUCAACAGCUAUGUGGAGAAUAAAACCAAAGGGAAAAUUGUAGGCCUAAUCCAAGACCUUAAACCGAAUACCAUCAUGGUCCUGGUGAACUAUAUUCAUUUCAAAGCUCAGUGGGCAAAUCCUUUCCAUCUAUCCAAGACAGAAGACAGUUCUGGCUUCUUAGUGGACAGGACUACCACAGUGCAAGUGCCCAUGAUGCACCAGAAGGAACAAUACUAUUACCUGGUGGAUAUAGAGCUAAACUGCACAGUUUUGCAAAUGGACUACAGAAAGAAUGCUCUGGCACUCUUUGUCCUUCCCAAGGAAGGACAGAUGGAAUUGGUGGAAGCAGCUAUGUCAUCUAAAGUACUGAAGAAAUGGAACCACUUACUGCAGAAAGGGUGGGUUGACUUGUUUGUUCCAAAGUUUUCCAUUUCUGCCACAUAUGAUCUUGGAACUAUGCUUCUGAAGAUGGGCAUCAAGGAUGCUUUUGCUGAAAAUGCUGAUUUUUCUGGACUCACAGAAGACAGUGGUCUAAAACUUUCCUAUGUUGCCCACAAGGCUAUGUUACACAUUGGUGAAGAAGGAACCAAAGAUGUAGCUGGCCAUGAAGUUCAAUAUCUGGAUCAACCUGAAAUAGAUCUCCUUCACCCUAUUAUCCGACUUAAUAGAAACUUCUUGCUGAUGAUUUUGGAGAAAAGCACCAGAAGCAUUCUUUUCCUAGGGAAAGUUGUUGACCCCACAGAAGUGUAG